UGUAUUCAUAUCUCUCCUCUUGCAAAUAAUCUAUCAAAGCCUAUUUCUGACCUUCACCUACAAUCUACACACCCAUAGAUAGCUCCUAUAGCCUCUUGAUUCAGUGAGACCCAUUUUUAUAUCCCAAAAAUUUUCACCAAUUCUUUGCAAAAUUGAUCUUUCUCUCUGUUUCUUUUCAACCCAAAAAACCAGGAGCCAUGAAAGAAAGAGGCAAAGCUGUUGAAAUCUACAACAACGAUUUAGAUUUCAACUAUUCUGCAUCAGAAAUGCCCUGCAGGAAACACCCAUCUUCAUCUUCUGUUGGGAUUUGUGCUUACUGUCUUAAAGAAAAGCUUGUUAAAUUGGUGUGUACAGAGUGUGGAGAACAGCGUCUGUCUUCUUGUUCUUGUUCAGAUAUUAUUUCAUACAGAAACUCAUGCAGCGCCAUGGAGGUUGGAAGUGUUGGCAGAAUCUCAUUUCUGAUAGAGAAUGAAAAGACUGGUGAGUUGAAGAAUUUAAAGGCUAAACGAAAAGGAGAGGAAGAGAAAUCAGAAGAAGUGAUUCUACUGAGAAGGAGCAGUAGCAGUUGCGUUGAAGUGAAGAAAAGUAAUGGGUUUUGGAAGAUCAAAAGGUUAUUUAGGAAGAAAAAAAGCAAAAGGGAUUUUGAGAAAAAUGGCGAAUUUGAGUCAUUUGAUGAUAAAAGUGAGACAUGGGUUUCUGAUAUUAUGGGCGUUUCAAGGUCUAGGUCACUCUGCAGUUUCAGGGAUGAAGCCAGUGAUUAUGCAUUUUCAAGCGCUAAAAUUUCUGAUGUUACAAGUGGGGUUUUCAUGGAUUCAGAAUCUGAGCCAAGAAAAAGUGGGUUUGAGCCAAGAAAGAGUGGAUUCAGAGGUGGGUUUGAUGCUGAAAUUGGCACUGCAAAAAGGGGUGUUUAUCCAGUUAAAGAAAGUGAUUUCAGUGCCAUGGAUGAAUCAGCUUUCAUUGAUCUGAAUCUUGAUUUAUCAGCAGACCCAAAAUCAGAUUUUAAGAAGUCUGAUCAAUCUGGAAUUUCUCUUGCAAAUAUGAGAAGUAAUGGGGGAUCUUGUAGAAUAACAGUGAAUGAGAGAGGAUUGAAAAAAGGGAGCAAAGGGCACAAGGUUUGGAAGUGGAUUUUCAGGCACCAAUCUGCUACUCACAAGGAAGAAGAUAGCAUUUCAAAACCUUGAUACAGAACUAUGUCUUGUUCUUGUUUAUAA